AUGGCACGCCCAAUCCACCAGCCAGCAUCACUGCCCGCCAAUACCGGAACCAGCGCUGCCGAGACGGUCCAAGGUGUUGCCGAGACUGUCCAUGGCGCUGCCGACGGGGAAACUGCCAUGAUGGCUGAGAAUGUUGUGCCGAGUUUGAGAAGGUGUCGGGUCGACGCAGGGUAUUUACACGACACGGGAAGGGCCACCGUAGGGGCGGUUUUGUUCAAUGCAAACGGAGAAUAUAUAUCGGCCUUCAAUGCACCGUUGCCAACUUGUUUGUCACCACUUAUGGCCGAAGCCUUGGCAUGUAAAGAGGCUUUAUCGUGGUUGAAGGGGAGAGGGGAGCAGAAUAUUGAGUUAUACACGGAUUGCUUGACAUUGCAACGCUAUCUUGCUACACCGACUGUUGCGAUUCGCUCUUAUGUGGGCUAUGCUAUUGACGACUGCAGGCAAAUUGCCACUUUAUUUCAGUAUUGUUCAUUUAAAUUUAUUCCUAGAUCAGAUAAUUAUUUAGCUCAUGCAUUAGCUACUACGGCUUAUCAGCAACAUAUUGCUAUGUAUUGGGAUAGCCACCCACCAGACAUUAUAUCAGCGUUUUUCUAA